CCUCAAAAAUCAUUGGAGGCUUUGGUCUCGAUAUCAGAUAUAUGUCUUCUUCUUCUUCUUCUUUUCUCAUGGAUUGUUCUGAGAAAUGGGUUUUCAGAUAUUCACACAUAGUCCUUCUGAUGAUUUUCUUCCUCCUUUCUUCUUCUUCUUCUUCACCUUUACAUCCUGUGAUCGGUGAUACGGCGGCGUAUCACCGGAACUUCACAGCGAUAUCUGAGUUUAGAGUACUGAACAGAAGAAUCUUGAAGGAUUGUUCUUCGUCCAAUUCUUAUCUGCAAGUGAAUGUGACUUCGUCGUCCAAUAAUAAGUCUGGAUUAUCCGAUGACGAGUUCGUCACCGUUACUGUUUCCGGCGUUUCUCAGCCUUCCGAUGAUGAUUGGGUUGCUAUGAUCUCUCCCUCAAACUCUGAUGUAAAUACAUGUCUUUCUAAUCGGUUAUAUUAUCUUCAAACUGGUGAUACUGCUGAACUUCCUCUUCUCUGUCACUACCCUGUAAAGGCACAAUAUAUGAAGAACGAUCCAAAUUACCUUAGUUGCAAGAACAAGCAAUGCAAGAAAUCUGAGCAAGGAAAGUGCACUGUUACAACUUGCAGUGGGUCAAUAAAGUUCCAUGUCAUCAACAUUAGAACUGAAAUUGAGUUCGUCUUCUUCUCUGGUGGAUUCUCAAACCCUUGCAUUUUGUCAAGGUCCACACCUUUGAGCUUUGCAAAUCCUAACAAGCCUCUCUAUGGACACAUCUCAGGCAUGGAUUCAUCCGGGUCAUUGAUGAGAGUGACAUGGGUUAGUGGAGACAAAAAGCCUCAGCAAGUUCAAUAUGCAGAUGGAAAAACAGAGACUUCACAAGUCACCACAUUCUCACAAGAUGAUAUGUGCAGUUCAGCUCUGAAGAGUCCUGCAAAGGACUUUGGGUGGCAUGAUCCAGGAUACAUUCACUCAGCAGUUAUGAAAGGGCUUAAACCUUCAAGCACCUUCUCAUAUAGAUAUGGAAGUGACUCUGCUGGUUGGAGUGAACAAAUUAAGUUUUCGACUCCACCUGCUGGAGGAUCAGAUGAACUCAGAUUCCUUGCAUAUGGAGAUAUGGGAAAGACUCCUCUUGAUGCUUCAGAAGAACACUACAUUCAGCCAGGAGCUCUUUCAGUUCUUAAAGCUAUGGCUUCUGAUGUAGAUUCCAACAAUGUAAACUCAAUUUUUCACAUUGGAGACAUAAGCUAUGCAACCGGUUUCCUCGCAGAAUGGGACUUCUUCCUUCAUCUUAUUGCCCCUGCAGCAUCCAGAGUUUCUUACAUGACAGCAAUAGGAAACCAUGAAAGGGAUUAUGUAGAUUCUGGUUCAUUAUAUAUCACUCCUGAUUCUGGAGGUGAAUGUGGAGUACCAUAUGAGACAUACUUUCAAAUGCCCAUCUCAGCAAAGGAUAAGCCUUGGUAUUCAAUUGAACAAGCUAGUGUUCAUUUCACUGUCAUUUCAACUGAACAUGAUUGGUCGGAAAAUUCUGAACAGUAUCAAUGGAUACAAAAGGACAUGGCCUCGGUUGAUCGGAAAAAAACUCCUUGGUUAAUCUUUAUGGGACAUAGACCAAUGUAUAGUUCCUCUAACAAUGCAUUUUUACCCUCCGUUGAUGACAAUUUCGUCAAAGCCGUAGAACCGUUGCUACUGGAGACUAAGGUUGAUCUGGUUCUGUUUGGCCAUGUUCAUAAUUAUGAGAGAACUUGCUCUAUCUAUCAGAGCACAUGUAGAGCCAUGCCUACAAAAGAUGCAAAAGGAAUUGAUACAUAUGACAAUAAAAACUAUAGUGCUCCUGUUCAUGCUGUCAUUGGAAUGGCAGGCUUCACCUUAGACAAGUUCCCAAAAAAUGUGGAUAGUUGGAGUCUGAAAAGGAUUUCUGAGUUUGGUUAUUUACGAGUACACGCAACAAGGAAAGAGUUAAAUUUAGAGUUUGUGAACGCAAAAACAAAACAAGUUGGAGACAGUUUCCGCAUUACAAAGUGAAGCUAAAGUCAUUUAGAUAUUUACUGAUACAGGUCAACAGAAAAAAGUUCACAAUUACACAUACAGGAUACAUACAUAUAUAUAUAUAUAUGUAUAUAUCUACAUACGUAGAUAUGUAUGUAUGUGUAUGCACACAGAUAGUACUUAAAGGUGAAGAAGAAGGUAGCGAUUGCUGCAGAACAGUUACACAAUGUUAGGGCUUCAGCUUCUUGUGUCUUUUAAAGUUGUCUCUGUAAAUUUGGAAUGAUGAUAGAACGUUAACCUUCUUUUUUAUAUAUUAAACCUUCUAUAUA